CUAGUACGUGUUGAACAGCGUUGGACUCCGCGCGCAAAACCCUCCGCAAACAUUCGCAGUCUAUUUUAGCGUUAUCCAUCAUUUGAAUAUUCAAAGUUCACCGUCAAGGACUAAAUUGCGCUUGUAUUUUAUUGCCGUUCGCUGAGAAAAAGUGAAAUAUUCCAUUACAGGGAAAAAAAAUAGUAAUAGAUUGUCAUGGCCAACGUUACGAAGCUCUCGCUGAUUAAAGUCGUCGAAUUAGCUUUAAUAUGCAUAAUCAUCGGUCUCCACGCGAAUUCGCCGAUGUUCAGCCUGGAAGACUCGUUCCUCUCAGCAGGAACUGAGGUUGGCUUCUUGAUAAUCCUGACGGGCCUCUUCGCAGCAGCGGUGAUGGGCACGCCCGUCAACCAUCGCAUAGAACUAGGCUUUCUCGUGGUGGGAUGCGCCCUGUUCAUCGCUUCCGGUGCAGUUGUCCUGGAAAAGUGGCAACGAGCCAUCGGCACCCAGCACCAGCUCAACAUGGUCGCAGCCAGGGGAUCUAUAUCGAUAAUCGAGGGGAUUCUCCUGCUUGUGGACGGGUACCUCAUGUUCAAACGAGAGGAAUAAAUUAUUUUGGUUGAAGUUGGGGCAUUGAAUGUCUCAAAACCAUUCUGCACGUCUCGGAAAAUUUUCUCGGAAAAUAUUUUCUCACGAAAUUAACGAAAAAAAAAUAUUUGUGUGCAAUCUAGGGAAUCAGAGAGCGCAAUUAUAGGAGUGAGUGGGGCAAAAUGGACUUAUGACUUAUGAUUUUUUUAAAAAUCUCAAUGAGACAUUGAGUUUGUAAGGGGAACAAUUUUUUUCAUUAAAAGUUCAAUUCUUUUUUUGUGAUCAGCCUAGAAUGAAGUCAAAUGGUCAAUUUGUUUUCAAAUUAAGAACAUUGGAAAAUGUGAGGCAAAAGAUAAAUUUUUACCUUCGCAACCUAAUUUUUCCUUGAAGUACAAGAAAGACGAAUAAAUACUGCAUUUUCUAUGUCAA